CAGAGCGGAUCACCAGGGCGCAGUCGCCGCGUAGUUGAAGUUUCCCUGAAGUCUCAGUGGGGCUUUCCCUCCCGUGCAGAGCCCGCUUCCUGAGUAUCUAGUCCCGGAGGCUCCGCGCCGUUUCCCGCCCCCCCCCCAUCUCUUUCUUGGCCCCAGCUCUGGGCGGUCUCACUGCCGGGCACAGGGCAGCCUUUGCCCGCCUGCCCCACAGCACCAGGCCCGGGCAGCUGCGAGAGGGCGCAGGGGGCGGAGGCGCGGCAGGGGCGGGCUCUACCCCUCCACCCUGUACACACACCUUCUCCCUGUCUGGCUGCGGGGCCUGUGGCAGGAGCGCCUCGCACCGCCAGCCGCGGGGGGCGUGGGAUGGGGGCGGCGGGGGAGGGGGGCGCCCGCACUGACUAGAGCCGACCGCGCACUUCCAAAGGGUGUCGGUGCUGCGCUCCCCUCCCGCGGCCCGGGAACUUCAAAGCCGCCCCUGCUGCCCCGGCUGCCUCGCUCCGCUCUGGGGCCUCGCACUCCCGGCUCGGCCGCCUGGUGGCGAUGACCUGGGCGCUCCGCUCCGCGCUCCGCCAGGCUCUCCUGCUGCUCGCCGCGGCCGCCGAGCUCUCGGCAGAUACCAAGCUAUGGAGGCGAGAGUGGGAGCUUAAAUCUGUGUGGUUUGCAACGCACAUUGCUUUCGAGGUCUGAAGUGUGUAUGCCUUUUGUGUGAUUCUUCAAACUUUACCUGCCAAACAGAAGGAGCAUGUUGGGCAUCAGUCAUGCUAACCAAUGGAAGAGAACAGGUGAUCAAAUCCUGUGUCUCCCUUCCAGAACUGAAUGCUCAAGUCUUCUGUCAUAGUUCCAACAAUAUUACUAAAACUGAAUGCUGCUUCACAGAUUUUUGCAACAACAUAACACUGCACCUUCCAACAGCAUCACCAAAUGCCCCAAAACUUGGACCCAUGGAACUGGCCGUCAUUAUUACUGUGCCUGUUUGCCUCCUGUCAAUAGCUGUGAUGCUGACAAUAUGGGCAUGCCAGGGUCGACAGUGCUCCUACAGGAAGAAAAAGAGACCGAAUGUGGAGGAACCAUUUUCUGAGUGCAAUCUGGUAAAUGCUGGAAAAACCCUAAAAGAUCUGAUUUAUGAUGUGACUGCCUCUGGAUCUGGCUCUGGUCUACCUCUGUUGGUUCAAAGGACAAUUGCAAGGACGAUUGUACUUCAGGAAAUAGUAGGAAAAGGUAGAUUUGGUGAGGUGUGGCAUGGAAGAUGGUGUGGGGAAGAUGUGGCUGUGAAAAUAUUCUCCUCCAGAGAUGAAAGAUCUUGGUUUCGUGAGGCAGAAAUUUACCAGACGGUCAUGCUACGACAUGAAAACAUCCUUGGUUUCAUUGCUGCAGACAACAAAGAUAAUGGAACUUGGACUCAACUUUGGCUGGUAUCUGAAUAUCAUGAACAGGGUUCCUUAUAUGACUAUUUGAAUAGAAACAUAGUGACUGUGGCUGGAAUGAUCAAGCUGGCGCUCUCAAUUGCUAGUGGUCUGGCACACCUGCAUAUGGAGAUUGUUGGUACACAAGGUAAACCUGCUAUUGCUCAUCGAGACAUAAAAUCAAAGAAUAUCUUAGUGAAAAAAUGUGAAACUUGUGCCAUCGCAGACUUAGGGUUGGCUGUGAAGCAUGAUUCAAUACUGAACACUAUUGACAUACCUCAGAAUCCUAAAGUGGGAACCAAGAGGUAUAUGGCUCCUGAAAUGCUUGAUGAUACAAUGAAUGUGAAUAUCUUUGAGUCCUUCAAACGAGCUGACAUCUAUUCUGUUGGUCUGGUUUACUGGGAAAUAGCCCGAAGGUGUUCAGUCAGAGGAAUUGUUGAGGAGUACCAAUUGCCUUAUUAUGACAUGGUGCCUUCAGAUCCCUCUAUAGAGGAAAUGAGAAAGGUUGUCUGUGACCAGAAGUUUCGACCAAGUAUCCCAAACCAGUGGCAAAGUUGUGAAGCACUCCGAGUCAUGGGGAGAAUAAUGCGUGAGUGUUGGUAUGCCAAUGGAGCAGCCCGCCUAACUGCUCUUCGUAUUAAGAAGACUAUAUCUCAACUUUGUGUCAAAGAAGACUGCAAAGCCUAAUGAUGAUAAUUAUGUUAAAAAGAAAUCUCUCACAGCAUUCUUUUCCAUUUUCCCCUUUAUGUGAAUGUUUUUGCCAUUUUUUUUUUGUUCUACCUCAAAGAUAAGGCAGUACAGUAUUUAAGUGCCCAUAAGGCAGCAUGAAAAGAUAACUCUAAAGUUAAGCAUGGGUAGGAGUUGACUUCAUCCAAUGUUUAAUUUUACUUUGAAAGCAGCACCUCAACUCAUCUUUUUAUUUAAUAAGAAACAAGUAUAUUACAAAGUUAUAAAAUAAGCUUUAUAAAAAUAAUAUAGUCAUUAAGUUUUUAUUUUACUUGAACCAAGAGCAUAUGAAUGACCAGGAAAAAAUGUAGAAACAUUUUUUUCUGAGAUGAAAGCAUAUUCAUUAAACAUGUGAACUAGAACAUGUUAUCUUAAACAGAAAUUUAGGUUAUGUAAUCUAUGUUUUUCCCCUUUUUAAAUUAGCAGGACCUUUUAAAAAUAAACAUUUCUCUAAAUUUUAAUAUAUCAAACAUGUAAAAGUGGAGCUGCUCAGGGGAAGAUGUAAGUGAGGUUGGUGUCCCUCGUGCUUGGUCUCCAUUUCUGCUGUUCUCCUACUCUUCAUAAUCCACUACUGCGGCAGUCACUGAACCACUAAACUUGUUGCUUUCAUUUACAAAAGAGAUACCUGAUAUCCUGAGACACUGAGAAAUGUCCGAAAGUCACACAGCUAAAGGCAGAGCUGGCACUAGGGUCCAAAUCUUGUGAUAAUAAACAUCAUAGAGUUAGCUAGCUUCCUACUUUCCCCUGAAUUCUCAUAGUACUCUUCUCCCUAUGCAAUAGCUUUUAUUAUAUUUGUGGUUUAGUCAUGCAGAAGGCAUACUGAGUUAUUUUGCACAAUCAUAAUGGACCUGCAUGAAAUCUCAGAACCGCAUCUGUUGACAUUUUUUUCUCAUAGAAAUGUCGUGGUUACCCCACUUGUUAAUGAGUAUAAAUGUUUUCUGAACUCUUCCAAAGAUUAAUCAAACAUAAAUAUUCAUUGUCUGGAAAAUGUCUUUAAGAUACAAUUCAGAGGUCCCAUUUCCUUUGUACAUAUACAUUUAGAAAGAAAAGACAGAAUAGGAAGGAGGAAGCAAGGAAAUAUUUUGAGAAGAUUUAAGAAAACUCUUCAAUGAAGUGUAACAACCAAACCCUACAGAGAGUAUCAGAAACAGCAAAUACAUAUUCCUCUACUCUUUCACAAUAAGCAAGUGAGUACAGAAGAAUGCUCAUAAUAGUUUUGCCUUCAUUCUACUUUCUGUGGACACAGAGUAAUGAAUAUUUAAUGGGACAUUACAUAUGUCCUUCAAAUCUAUAAUGCUACUUUGGUAAAGGAGACUUAACAUGGUGUCUUUUAUUCUUCUAAAACAUCUUCUCUCAAGCUCCAUUCCUUAGAACAUUCUGCUGCUGAGAUGAUCCAAGACCCAAAGUGUUCUUUAAUACUUGCUUAGAAAGUGAUAGUACAUGUUAGCAUAUCACGUACUUUGAAGAGUGAAGUAAAUGCUACUGAUAACAGUUUAAAAAAAACUAAUAACAGUAAAGAAAUGCUACUUGAAUUUUUUAAACUGGAUUUUACAGAUUACCUGACCAUGGUGGAAGGAACCCUUUUACUAAGAGGAGAAGAAACUUUUUACUAUCCCAUAUUUAAAUGUUCUAUAAAGCAAAGCACAGCUUGGGUAAUAGUGUUCUGAAAGAUAUGCUUCUGUAUUUUCUCAUAGAGUACAAUUUAGUAAUUAUGGUUCAUUUCACUAUGGAAAUAUGUUACUGAAUCCAUUUUCAUUUUACUGAGUUGAAAUAAGGAAGGCAAAAAACUGAAAGCUAUGGAGUUUGCCGAUACUUCCAUACUCAUUAAUGCACUCAUCCACUUAUUAAAUAAUCAUAGAGCACCACAUAUCUUGCUUGCCACAAUAUCAGGUAUGAGAGGGAAUAAAAAGAUAGAUAGCUCCUGCCCUCAGGGAUUUUAAAGUCUAAUUUGGGAAUGGGAAUAGGGAUGUUAGUGUGUAGGGGGUGAAAAUAAAUUGACAGAUAAAAUACAAAGUGGGAUGUCUUGAGUUCUGCUUGACAGUGGGUUUCUAGGAUAGGUCUGAAAAUUGCUUUCAGUUGCAACACAUUUAGAAAGUAUCUUUAUUUGGAUAUUACAGACAAUCUAAAUAUAUCAUCGGUUUUUAAAAGUGCCUAUGUGAAGUGAUUUUUUAAAAGAGCCUAUGUGAAGUGGUAAUCUUGCUUGUUACUAAUUUCUCAUAGACUGUUUUACUGCAUAUAUAAGAAUGAAAUUAUUUAUUUACUAUGAUUGUACUCAUCUCAAAUAAACAAGAAUAAUAUUUCCUGUUUUAUUUACAUUGGAUAAAUAUGCUUAUUGAAUUUUUAAGAGAGGAUGUUUUAACAUCUCCAUUUUUCUUGUCAUUAUGUUUUGUAGCUUAUUUGAGGGUGUCUAAAUAUAAUUUCAUAUUUUAUUGGUUCAACUUGCACUCUGAAGAAAUCCGUAUGUUAGUACAUUGAGGUAUUUUUCUUGUUCUUGUAUUGGUUAACUGUGACUCCUAACUGAAUAGUCUUAUAUUUCAAUUAAAAAAUACAUUUUUUAAGGAAGGGAGUAGAGCAGCAAAAAAUGAUAAGGAAAACAUGAAAAGUUGUAAUAUUUCCUUUACUCUUAACAGGAUUAUAUAUAGAACAUGCUCACUUACAAAAAUAGGAUAAUGAAGUUUAGAGCAUAAGGCAGACUUCUUGUAUAUACUUAUGCUGUCAAAUUUUAUUUUGUUUUUAAUGGAGUCCCAUUGUGUGAUAUUUAUUUCUUUUAAAUUUUGUUAUAAGCAAAAAAAAAAAUUCUUCUUAGGUUAGGUUCGGAUUUUCAGUAUUCUUUAAUCGUUACAGAUAUUUUGGCUUUGGGAAAUAAGACAGGACUUGGGAAAAUGCUACCACAAAUUAUCAGUACUGUAUAAAGUGGUGAUGGGAUUUAAAUGCAGCAUCACUUUCUGAAAAUAAGAGAAACAUUAUUUGUUGUCAGUAUUUCAGCAUGAACUUGUUGCCUUGUAAAUUUUGCCUUUAAGUUUGUAAUUGGUACAGAUUCUGUUGUAUGCUUUCUUCUAUGUCUAAAAUAUUUGGCAUGUCACAUCUAGAAUUCUUAAUUUAUGUUCUGACUUGAGAGUUAAGUGAAACAUGACUGUCGUGCACUAUUUUAGGCAUAGCACUUGCUUUUCAUCUUUAUACUUUCAAUUAACUUUGCAUUUUAAAUUUCAUGAUUGUAUGAGAAUAGUAACCUGGUUGCAGUAUCUGUAAAAAUGAAAAUCAGCUUUUAUUUAAAAAUGAAAAUCUACAAUAGAUUCAUUAGGUUAGAAGUUCCACAAUAGUUUAUUAUUUUAGUACAUCUUCUAUUGUAGAAUUACUAAUAAAACAAAACAAAACUAAUUCUAUUUUUCUGGAAUUUUGCCACCAUGUGACUCAUUGGGGCAGAAAAAACUCAGGGUUAUCUUUGAGUCUGCAGAAAAGUACCAGAAAACCUACUUAGUGAAAACAGGGAGCUGAUGUUUGCCAUUAUACAAAGUUCGAAUAAACAACUUGAAAUUGCUUGUUAGGGCAUAGUCUUUGAUUGAAAUAAAUAUGAGAAUAUAUUUGGCUAAAUAAAUGUAUUUAAAAUAUAGAUAUUUUAUUUCCCAGUGGAAAAUUAAGAAAGUAACCUUAGCAAAUGAAUAAAAGCUGGCAGUGGAUGUCUUCAAUAAUCAUUCCUUUAAAUAAAUUCACAAACACAUAAUUAUAAGCUACUUAGAAAUGGUUAGUGUUAGUGUCUUAAAAUGGCAUCAUUGGUCAGGCACAGUGGCUCAUGCCUGUAAUCCCAGCUCUUUGGGAGGCCGAGACAGGGGGAUCACAAGGUCAGGAGUUCGAGACCAGCCCGGACAAUGUGGUGACACCCCGUCUUUACUAAAAAUACAAAAAUUAGCCGGGUGUGGUGGUGUGUGCCUGUAGUCCCAGCUACUUUGGAAGGCUGAGGCAGAAGAAUUCCUUGAACCGAGGAGGCAGAGGUUGCAGUGAGCCAAGAUCACGCCACUGCACUCCAGCCUGGGCAACAGAGCAAGACUCUGUCUAAAAAAAAAAAAAAAAAGAGAAAAAAAGAAAGAAAUCAUUGUGGUUUUUAAAGAUAUUUUAAACAUACUAUUUCUGUUUGACAAUGCUUUAAGUUCCAUAUGCUAAUACCUACAUGGAGUUUUUCUGCUAUUUUAGUGAAAACAGUAAUUCUUUUAUCUUGAGAACUUCUAAAUAACAAAAGUCAAUUGGAAUGUAAGUUUUAUUAAAAUUUUAAUAUUAAGUAGAAUUUUUAUAAUAUGGGCAUUUUUCAAAACAUUUAAAUGAAAUUAUAUAUUUGACUAAUUUCUUUUUUCCAUCUAGCCUUGCUUUAUAUUUCAUUAUUUUUCUCACUUUUUUCCUUAAUAUUACCUCACUGUCUUUCAACCUUAUCAUUAGUUCCUAAUUUUAAAAAUGACUAUUACUUAACCAUUCUGGAAUUUAGCCUUCUAAUGAAAGAGAAUCCCUUAUUGCUCUAAAUUAUUUCAGAAGUGUUACAGCCCAAAACAAAAACCAGAAUUUGGGAAUUAGAAACAAUUAAUUUUAUAACUUGAUUCCAAUUUUGUUUAGAUGACAAGACCAAGGAUCAGAGAUUAAAUGACUACUAGUUAUUAGCAGAACUCUUAUGAAAGAUAGCCUGGUGGUGGCACCCAGCACAGUUCUCUGCCAUAUCCCCAAUUUUUACUGAUCAAAAAUUAAUUCGCACACAUCUAAACCUACCUUGAAUGCACACUAAUAUAAUGUGCCAUUUAAUGAUGGUGAUAAAAUCCCAGUUCUCUGUGUUUCUACUAAAAUUAUGUACUUACUCAGGGUGAGGUGAGUGAGAAAAACUAAAUUAGGCUAACAAAGAGUUGUAGAAAGUUUGUGAAGCUAAGUAGGCAACCACUGGGGUGCUGAUGAAAUUAGUGGAUAAAAUUUAGGAAAUGCGCGAGUACAGAAUUUCUUAGUGCAAGUAAUGAUUAGAGAACCUUCCUGACACCCCCCACCCUUUAUGUAGGGGUUAUUCUUUCUUUUCUUUUUGUACUUUGGAAUUGGGUGAAACGUGAUUUGAUAGUUGAAUUUGGGACUAUGUCCAGUGGAAUAUAAUCUGACUUCUCUUUUCUCUCUUCCCCAACCCCCACUCAGUUUCUCAUUAGUUUGUCUUCAGCAUUCAUCUUUUCAGUGCAUUAAAAAAUGUUUGCCAGAUCUCAUCAACCCCAAAUCGCUCUAUAAGUCCUGUCUUUCUUUAGUUAUGUUUUAACCUGUCCAAACUGCUACACCAUGAACUUCUUAACAAGAUUUUAAGUUCUUCACCCAUGUAUAAGAAGUUUCAUCUCAUAAUUUCUCCAGUAAUUCUUCAUUCGGCACUCUAGGGUGUUUGUUAAUGGCAGAGAUGACUUUGUUUUAAAACUUAAAAAGAAGCCGGGCACGGUGGCUCAAGCCUGUAAUCCCAGCAUUUUGGGAGGCCGAGGCGGGUGGAUCACGAGGUCAACAGAUCGAGACCAUCUUGGUCAACAUGGUGAAACCCCGUCUCUACUAAAAUUACAAAAAAUUAGCUGGGCACGGUGGUGCAUGCCUGUAAUCCCAGCUACUCAGGAGGCUGAGGUAGGAGAAUUGCCUGAACCCAGGAGGCGGAGGUUGCGGUGAGCCGAGAUCGCGCUAUUGCACUCCAGCCUGGGUAGCAAGAGCGACACUCCGUCUCAAAAAAAAAAAAAAAAAAAAAAAAAAAAACUUAAAAAGACUAGCUGCUAACUGUAUUCUGGCUUUUAGCUAACAUAUAAAGAAUGUCUACUUUUGCUUUAAUGCUAAAUUCCACUUGAGAAAUAGUGACUGGGAAAGACAAUUUGAAAUAUAUGCCCCAUAAAUGUGAUUGCUAAAUUUAUUUCUGCUGUUUCAUAUCAUUGUUUUGUUUUGCUUUUGACAUCUUUUAAAACUAAGCCAUUAUGUUAUUAGUUUGGAAUAUAAUACUAUAAUAAAAUUAAGUAACAAUCCCUUUUUAAAAAAAUUCCCCUAAUAAUAAUAGAACUGCCAGGAUACUUUUCUCUUUCAGUUGUAGAUGAAUACAUUUGAGAGAAUAUGAGUUUUAUUUCAUCUUAGAUUUUAAUAUUUUCACAUGUGAUUGUAUUUCCUGAUCAUUGGUUCAAGUUAUCCUAAAAGAAGUUUUUCUCUCCAGACCUAAUAGUUUUAAGUGCAAGAGUUCACUGUGGGCUAAUCUGAAUGUUAAUGAGGCCAUUAAGAAUCUGAGUGCUUCAGGAGGUUACCCUAUACCCACUGUCAUUCCAUCCAGUCGGCCCAGUUAUGCUCUAUACAAAUACUCCCAGCUGAGGGGCACGUAGGGGCUAAAACCCAACUGCAAUUGGCUCCCAGAUAUAAUUUUAUAGUUUACAGAAAAGCAUCUUAUUUGCUUAUAUAUGUUUAAAGAAUGGCUUUGCUUAUACAUCUUCAGAAAAUGAGAAUUAAAAAGUCAAAAUAAUUCUUGAAUCUGCAAAUCAAACAAAGAACUUAGAAGAAAUAAUACUUUAUCUUUUCAUCCUGGCAUUCCCAAGAGAAGAAGAGAGGUUGUAUGUUUAUCAUGUUGGUUUAAUUUUUCAACCCAGACAAUCUGCAGCAAGGCCCAUGGACCUAAUAAUCUUCCACAUAGUUUUCAUUCUAUGCAUGGAGCCAACUAUUGACUUUGCCUGUAAACAGAGGAUUGUGUGCCUAAAUUUUGUCUAACAAAUGCAAACAUAGAAUGAAAUGUAUUAAUAUUUCUAUUUCUUCCAUAGGCUAAUAGUAACUAAAUAUUUUUAAAGACCCAGCCCUUUUCUUCUCUUUAUACAAAAUGAGAGUAUCUGAGCCAAAAUAUUAAAUUCGAGUUCAUUUUCACAAUGACUAGUGUCAAGCUCAUGUACUCUUCUGAUUCUAGACUGGAGAAGAUUAUUCAAACUUGAUCUGUGUUUCAGGUUUUUAAAUGUCCUAAAAACAGAAAAUUAGAUUCAGAUCUCAAAAAAGGAAUUUUGGAUUGACUUUCAAAGUACUAAUACUAAUUAUACUUUUCUUUUGGUAGCGUGACUCUUCUUAUACCUAAGAACAUAUUACAAAUGUCAAAACCAUUGCAUUUUGACAUUGCAAAACAUGCCUUGAACUCUUGAACUACUGUGAAAAGAAUCAUCGUUGUAAAGACUUUUUGUAAGCUAGCUGAUACUCAAGUAUGAAAAGAGAUUGUCUUUCAGCAGACAGGCCCAAAGGAAUAUAUAUAUGUAAGGAAGAAGUAUGAAAAAAUAAAUUAGGGUGUAAAAUAAUAAUUGGGCAAUACACUGUAUCAAAAAUAUGUAGAUGAAGAUUUUAGUGGUGGUAAUUUAAAUGUUGAAGAUGAGAAUUUUAAAUUCCAAAGAAAGAUGAAUGAUAAUUAGAUGUUUCAUUAAUUUCUAGUCUGUGAAAAUAUGCAUUUUAUAGUAACAUGUAUAGACUUAUUUUAUUUAGAAAUAGUAUUUUAGAAUUUAUUAAAAACUCAAUGAUAGCCUUUAUACCAAAAUGUUUAACUUUACCAACAGCAAGUCAUAAAAGUAUUUAUUUUAAAGCUUUUUAAUAUUAUCACAUAACUUUCAUCUGUCUUCAAAUGUAAAUAAUUAUCUGCCUAAAUGUUAUAUUUUUAUGUAUGCGUUUUCUGAAAAUGUAUUGUUUUGUAAAGUGGCAAAGAUAAUAAAUUAAGCAUUUGUUGCACUUGUUUCUGUGAAGCAUAUAGAGCUCUAUUUUAAAUAAAGGAAGAUGUGUCAUA